AUGCCGCCUGGUUUUGGCAGCGUGAAUAAUAAUAGUAGUACAUCGAGUAGCACGAGUAAUGGAGAGUAUAAUAGCAGAACUUUUAGUCAUGCAUCAGAUAAUGUGCCUGUAGCAGUAGGUUACGGUCGUAGUAAUAGUGUAUCGGUGAUACCGCAAGGUUCAAAUAUAGAGGAGGGUUUAACAUUUCAGCAAACACAACAAUCUUUAUACGGACCCUCAUUUGGACAUUCAUUUCUACCCACAACACCUCCACGAGCUAGCAAAAGUAACCCAGGUUUCGGAGGAGCUUAUGAAAAUACAUACUUAGAAGCUACGAUCAAAAGUUCACUUUCAGCGUUAGCCGAGAAUGAUGAUCAGGAUUGGGAGAAAGUGAUACGCAACCCUGGGCUUGAAGAUUCACCAAAGGAGUCCAUUGUCUACAAACCUACACGCUCGGCAACACUUCCAUCACAAAGUGAAAUUAAUAAUAAUGUUUAUUCAGCUUGGGCACCAUCGACAUCAUCAUUUGCAUCACAGAAUUUGACAAAUCUUCCAUCGGCACAGACACCACAUGCAUUGAACAAUAAUAAUGGAUAUUUUCCACCUCAAUUACAACAGGCUAGCGAUCAAUAUUCUGGUUAUAAUGGCGGGAUGUUUAGUCAUAAUAUUCGAAGAACAUCAACGGCAAAUAAUGUGCAAGGCAAUGGGAUUAUACAUGAUGAGUCAGGUCAUGCGAGAUUUGAUCAUGGACUGGGAGGUCCCUUAGACUAUUAUGAUCCAACCACUCCUGCAGUGACGCCUUCAUCCCCAACAACUUCGGAAGGUUUACAGCGUCGUCGAACUGAUGAAAACGGAGAUGAUGCGGCAGAUGAUGUUGUCACAGGAAGCAUGGCUUUAUAUGAUCCAA